AUGUCAAGUACGGAUUCCAGUGAUGAAGAAAUUAUGGUAAUGUACCAUUACCUUAGAAAUAAGGAAAAGAAAAUGAAAAGGAGAUAUUGGGUACAUCCGUAUCUUGAAAAAAACAUUCAUUGCAGAUUAUUUGUAGCAACAAAGGAGCUACAACAAACAGACUCUAAAUUUAUUGCUUUUUACCGUAUGUCUAAGGAUAGUUAUAUGAAUUUAGUGCAACUGAUAACUCCUUAUAUACGACAGAAAAACACAAACAUGAGAGAAUGCGUGAGCGCUGAAGAAAGAUUAUUAAUAACCCUAAGGUAUUUAGCAACAGGUGGAACAUUUGUGUCAAUAUCAAUUUACUUCGCCAGAGGAGAGACUACAGUAGGAUGCAUUGUAGCAGAGACAUCAGCAAUACUUUGGGCUAUAUUAAAUAAAAAGUAUAUGCCUAUACCCGACAAACAGCAGUGGAAAAUAAUUGCCGAACGUUUCGAGACCUUAUGGAACUUACCAAAUUGUAUUGGCGCUCUCGACGGCAAACAUGUAAGAAUAGAGAAAUUCCCAAACACAGGCUCCACUAAUUACAAUUAUAAAUCGUUCCAUUCCGUUGUAUUAAUGGCAUGUUGCGACGCAGACGGGUUAUUUACAAUGAUAGAGGUGGGAUAUGCUGGACGAAAUAGCGAUGGAGGCAUUUUUCGCGCUUCCGCUAUGAAACAUUGGAUUACGCAUGCUGGUUUUGAUAUUCCUCCACCCUCGCCAUUAAAGUACGAUGAAAAAAAAUGUCCUUUUCCGUAUUAUUUAGCGGCAGACGAAGCAUUUCCUUUGUCAAGCUAUCUUAUGAGACCAUAUGCAAAAAAAACUUUAGAUAAUAUGAAACGAAUUUUUAACUAUAGAUUGAGUCGUGCUAGAAAAACUAUAGAAUGCACCUUUGGAAUGGCUGCUGAAAAAUGGGCUAUUUUAAAUGGACCUAUUCGUGGUCAUGACCCUAAAAAAGUGAAUGAUUUUAUAAAAGCAGCGUGUAUUCUCCAUAAUUAUGUCCGAAAAACAGAAGGGCUUGAAUACACGCCUAUACAUAUUGACGAUCAUGAAAUAGUUGCCAAUGAAAAUUAUGUAAUACCACCAACGGCACCAACAGUACAAAACACAAUAUCAAUAAAUAUCAACUCUUCAGCUAAUGUUUUGAGAAAUUAUUUAGCCAACUAUUUCAUUAAUCCACGAGCAGCUUUACCGUGGCAAUGGAAGUACUGCUGUUGA